AUGGAGACCGUCCGGGUCGGGUUGACACUUGUGUGCGGAACGCAGCAGUGCACAUUUUUACCUGAGUUUGGUAGCUGUGCAUCGGAGGGCGGCUCUCGUCGCAGGAGCCGCAGCAGGAGCCGCAGCCGCAGCCGCAGCCCUCGCCGCUCCGAGAGGUCCGAGAGGUCGGAGAAGAGCAAGGAGGAGAGGGAGGAGGCAGCUAAGCGUGCCGCCAUCGACGAACUCACGCGUGACCAGCGUACCGUGUUCGUCAACCAGCUCACCAUGAAAGUGACCGAGGAUGACUUGGCCAAGUACUUCGGACUGCUAGGGGAGGUCAACAACGUCAUCAUGCUCCGCGACAAGUUCACCAGUCGCCACAAGGAUGGCGGCGACGCCAUGCGGGGCCGGGCCCUGCCCCGUCACAAGGGGUUCGCGUACGUGGAGAUGAAGAGCCUUGAGUCGGUGCCCGUGGUGCUGCAGCUCAACGAGCGCGUGCCCGACUUCCAGAAGUUCCCUGUCAUGGUGAAGGCUAGCGAAGCGGAAAAGAACUACCUCGCCAAGCAGGAAGAGAAGGCGAAGAACCCAACGGGACACGUCAUCCUUGGAAAUGCCGCCGCUCUGGCCGGUCUGAAGCUGCACAUCGGAAACCUGCACCAGAACAUCACGGAAGACGACCUGGGAGAGAUCUGCCGCUCUUUCGGAGAGGUCACCCAGCUCAUCCUGCACAGAGACGAAGCCGGAGAGAGCAAGCGGUUUGCCUUUGUCACCUACGCCGACACGGAGAGCACCAAUGCCUGCCUCGAAAAGCUCGACGGCCUCGAGGUGGCUGGAAAGGCUCUGUCGGUCUCCUACUGCAAGGCGGACCCCAAGAGCAUCCCCAAGAACCUCGACGCCAACGUUACCGCCACGGCCGCCGCGGCGGCCGCAGCCACCGCUCACGCGGCCUCCCUGGCCGCUGCUACUACGGCCGGGCAGCAGUCUACUGCGGCAUCCAGCAAUUGGAAGCUCGACGAUGACGAGGGAGCCGGCGGGGUUAAGAUGGACAGCACUAACCGGGCCAACAUCAUGUCGCGCUUCGGAGGAGCGGCCAUGAACAUGGGCUUGGCAGGUAUCCCAGGCAUGAUGAAUCACGCGACCCUGCCCGGCAUGUCCGGCACGGGCAUGGGGGGGGCGAUGUCCACGGGGAUGACGGGCGUCGCUUCCCAAUCGCCCUCUGCUGCCGCGAACGCUGCCCUCGAAGCCGCGCUUAGUGGAACGGCUUUCGGGGCCGGGGCCGCCGGGGCGAUGGGGCUACAGCAGCAGGCGGCUGGGCAAGGUACGGGGCAGGGCCCUCUCCAUCCCGCCAUCGCCGCCGGCCUCCCUGGUGUCGGUACAGGCGCCAUGCUCCCGGGGAUGGGAGCGGGCGUCCCUGGUGUCGCUGUCGUUCCUGCUGCCGCUGUACCCACCGCCGCCGCCGCCGCCGCUCCGGCGGCGGCCGCGCCCCCCGUGGUCGGCACCCCUACCUUCUGUCUACUGGUCAAGAACAUGUUUGACCCCGCCACGGAGACCGACGAGGGGUGGGAGCUUGACAUCAAGGAGGAGAUGGAGGAGGAGUGCUCAAAGCACGGGGCUGUCAUGCACAGCUACGUGGAGUCCAGGCAGCCCGGAGGCUUGGUGUAUGUGAUGUUCAGCACUACCGGGGCCGCUGUGGCAUCUGCGGAGAUGCUGAACGGCCGCUGGUUCGCCGGAAGGAUGGUCCUCGUGGAGUACCUCAACCCAAAGGUGUACACAGCCAAGUUCCCCGAAGCGACUAAGGCAGCCGAGACUGCCAUGGCCACGGCUAUGAACGCCUGAUCGAUGCAGAGCACAGCAGUCGUGUGCUUACACGGACGACUUUUUGUCAAGGGUCAUCUAUGGAAGGCUGGCAACAUUUCAACGGCAAUCGGCAGCGACAGAAGAACUGGGUUAAAGCAGCUGAUUGGCAUGAAUUUCGUCCGGGGGGUGCGUUUUCGCUCUCUCUGCUGGCUAGGCUAUACACUUCAUGGCGUCAACAAAGCUUGUCUUCUUUGGUUGAACGCUUGGCAAUGUUCUUCGCAAGAGCCGACAAGAAAUUGGCGCUCCACGUUGCCGAAGGUUGUUAGUGGACGCUGCUGUUACGGUUGGUGGCAGUUAGGAACAGUUUGAUGCGAUGUGGUAGACGGCGCUUCUUCUGUAGCGGGAAGGAGAGUGUUUGAUGCCCGUGGAGCACCCACCAGUCUGAAACUGUGAUGCCUGUGCUGGUUGCUCAACCUCACUGGAGCCAGGGUGUCACGUAGCGGAAGUUUUGUGCUCUUUUCCGGGCAUGCCUAGAGCGGUGGUGUUAUGACCGUCCGCAUGGUUGGAAACUGCCUCGGGGGGUGCUGGUUUUGUGUAUUCAGGCAGCGCGCAAGGGGUGGCUUGGGCAAAAAGGUUGGAGUAAAUUAGUUUGCGAUUGUCUUCUAUAUUUGUUGCUUCUUAAAGAUGUGCGUGUUUGGCUACUGCGAAGGAACUGGCCAUCCAUCGGUGUCGCUGUCAACUACACGACUUUGUUUUCGUUGUUGUUCGUUCAAGGGUUGAUAUUUGGGUUUGAUUGAAAGGUUUUGGGGUGCAAUCGGGGUUGCAACGCCCGCUCUAAGAGCAUGGGCCACAUGGCGUAGGCCUUGCUUUAGGCCGACUUUGCCAACGGUUCGGACUGCGGUGAGAUAGAACGUGACUGAACGGGUGCGCAGGGUUUGACGGGAGAGCGUGUCGGUGCGGGAUUAUGCUCUCCUUGCGGGCCGUGUUUUCCCUUAUUGGCCCAAUGGCGUGUCGAAGUCGAGGGCCGGGCGAGGUGGCGUUUUGAUGUCGGCAUGGUCGUGGUUCUUUUCGGAUAGUAACGUCAUGCAUUGUGGCAACCUCUCUGUCGUUCUUGCACAUGAGAGAGCCUACUUGACGGGGGAGGGAGCCUUCCGCCAGGGGGGAGGUGGAUGAAUGCCUUUCAGAUGUUGUGCCUGCUUGGAACAAGGCUGGCUUGAAGGAAAGUACAUGGAGUCACGUAUGUGAGAUUACGUCUGUAGAGCCACGUUUCCAUUUCUUGUUUUGCGCGGGACGUUGUCUCGGCAAAUUCGAAGGUCACACGAAAAUACAGCGGCUGAGUUGUAGUUCAGGCGCAAGCCUGGUAACAUGUGAAACGAAACCUUCUGGGCUCAUCUUGGGAUACGGACAACUUAGUCGUAUCUACACACCACAAAUGGAAGGGAUUGCGAAGAGAAGCCCUUCUCGCGUUGACAACUGAACGGAAGUACCAGGAAGAUUGAUUAUUGGUGGAGAGUUACUGUGU